AUGUCGCCACUAGAAUCCGACGGCUCUUCCGUCACUUUUGCGACCGAGCGUACUGGCCCCCCAGACUUGCGCUUAUUGCACUACAACGACGUGUACCACGUUUCAUCUGGGUCUGCUGAGCCCAUAGGUGGCAUUAGCCGAUUCCAGUCUAUUGUAAACUACUACCGCUCCGACCAGCGAUUCGCUGAUCAGCCCGAUAUUUUGACCUUUUUCUCCGGAGAUGUUUUCAAUCCUAGUAUUGAAAGCACAGUCACAAAGGGCAAACAUAUGGUCCCCGUCCUCAACAAUAUUGGAACGGAUGUGGCAUGUGUUGGUAACCAUGAUCUCGACUUCGGAGUCACCCAAUUUCGGUACUUGGCUGGCCAAUGUCACUUCCCCUGGCUACUCGCCAAUGUCCUCGACCCGGGCCUAGGGGAAGACGUACCGAUCGGUAAUUGUGGGAAAACCUGUAUACUAACUUCGUCAAACGGGCUAAAAAUUGGCGUGAUCGGCCUUGGAGAAAGGGAGUGGCUUGGAACCAUCAAUACUCUCCCACCGAAUUUGAUCUACAAAUCUGCCAGCCAAACCGCGCUGGAGCUGGCACCACAACUUCGAGAACAAGGAGCUUCUUUGGUGGUGGUCAUAUCCCACCAAAGAGAGCCCAAUGACAACAAACUUGCUAAAAACUUGCCUCCCGGACUGGUAGACAUUAUACUUGGAGGCCAUGACCAUUAUUAUGCUCACAACAUUAUUAACGGUACUCAUGUGCUGCGAUCAGGAACCGACUUCCGGCAAUUGAGCUAUAUCGAAGCUUUUCGCAAACAGGAUGGCUCCUCUGGGUGGGACUUCAAUAUCAUUAGGAGAGAUGUUGUGCGCUCUAUCCCCGAGGACCCUAAUGCGGUUGCCCUGGUUGAUCGAAUCUGUUCUCGCCUUGAGGCAAAGUUGGAUAAGCCAGUCGGGUACACGGUAUGUUCUCUAGAUGGAAGGUUCUCUACAGUCCGCCAACGCGAAUCCAAUCUGGGGAACUUCGUAUGUGAUCUGAUGCGCCUACAUUAUGAAGCCGACUGUGCCUUGAUGGCGGGUGGAACUAUUCGUGCCGAUCAGAUCAUUAAACCUGGAGUCAUAAAGAUGAAAGAUCUAUUAAGCUGCUUUCCCUUUGAAGAUCCAGUAGUCCUUGUGCGAGUGAAAGGCCAGGCUCUACUAGACGCCCUUGAAAACGGCGUUAGUCAGCUUCCUGCGCUGGAGGGCAGAUUUACGCAGGUAUCUAACUUGUCAUUUGGGUUUACGUUAUCCAAGCCACCCGGAUCUCGCAUCACAUUUGCGCGCCUUGGUGGUGAGCCGAUUGACCUGCAGAAGGAGUAUACUCUCUCCACGCGCGGGUAUAUGGCGCGUGGAAAGGAUGGGUUCACAUCAUUGCUUGUGAAAUCAGAGGGAGGAGAGGUCGAUGAGCUUGUGAGUGAGGAAAAUGGAGUCAUGAUCAGUACAAUACUACGCCAGUACUUCUUGAGCUUGAAAGUUCUAGGCAAAUGGCGUCGUUGGGGUAUUGGUUUGAACCGCCACUGGAACUCCGUGCAUCAGAACUUGCAUUUAGAUGGAUGGCUCAAGCCCCCCUCGGUAAAAUCCUCACCGGUCUUAGAGCAGGGACUGAGUCAUCAUUCAGCUUCACGGCCCGCCCUCCAGCAGAUAUCAGGACAGAAUUACUACUAUGGCCGCUUCCAGGAGGGCGAACUAAAGUCCGGAGCCAAUUCUCCAGAUAGGACGGCAAGCGAUGAAGUGGACUCUGACUCCGACGAGGAUCCUGAGAUCCUAUCAUCGUCAACUUCGACAAAUUACGUCACCCUUCCUGCCCGAUCUUCAGCGGAUGAGGAUUACCGUCUACAGCUGGCACGACGUGUUGUUCGCAAGUGGAUGCGUCAUGCUGGUUUGAAUCCUUCAGUAAACAUCAAGAUGGAUGACGAAGUGGAAUUUACUCCAGCAUGGACUUCAGGCAUUUGCCCCCGUCUUGAAGGUCGCAUUAUUGUAGAGGAGUAG